AUGUGUUGUCUAGACCCACGUCUUCUCCUGGAGCAUAUUUAUGAUAUUCUCGUCCAACUGAAAGGCAUUAGCAAGAUAGGCACUGUCAAUGGGAGGUGCCGACUUGAAAGCAGCGUGCGCAACCGGAUUGUACCCUGGGUUCUGUCUGUUGAACACACUGAACGCAACUGUAUUACCAUCUUUCAACGCAUUUCUCUGAUAGUGAAGGAGUCCCAUAGACCAUAUUUUCGAGUGCAUCGCACAGGUUUAACACCAGCAUGUUUUACAUAUAUACACGAUAACAAUACCUCCGGGACCCAGGUCGAGUCGGGUGACGGUCAUGCCGAGUGCGUUUCUGCCCGGGAUUUGGGUGGUGUUGAGAGUGUUGAAGGCGGCCUUAUACGUGUUGUUGAUGUCGCCAGCUUUGCUCAACAAGUCGGAGAAGAAGUCCUUGGCUGUCGUUUGUUGGGGGUCCUUGCACGGAAAUGGAAGGUUGUCAUAUGCUUUUUCUCCUUUGCUGAAAUCUGCUACGCAAAUGUCCUGCGUUGGCGGGGCAUCAUAGGCAAAGGUGGGGAAGAUGAAAAUAUUGAUAAUGGGCAAGAGAAAGAAGAUACUGAUGAUGGACAUUGUNAGUGA